AUGGGGUUCUUGAAUCAUAUCUUGGACUUUUUCGAUGCUUCGAUCCCUAGGCAUAAGAAACGUAAGCCAAUGCAGACUGUUGAGAUCAAGGUGAAAAUGGACUGCGAUGGUUGUGAAAGAAGAGUCAGAAACUCUGUUAUUCAUAUCAAAGGAGUGAAAUCCGUGGAUGUGAACCGGAAGCUUAGCAAAGUAACAGUAACCGGAAACGUAGAGCCUAAUAGGGUGUUAAACAAAGUGAAGAGAACAGGAAAGCGAGCCGAGUUUUGGCCAUAUGUCCCAUACACUAUGGUAGCAUACCCUUAUGCAGCUCAAGCUUAUGACAAGAAAGCACCUUCUGGCUAUGUUAAGAAUGCACCUCAAGCAUAUGCUGGUAAUAAUAAUGAUGGUCCUCAUGAGAAAUACACUCAAUUAUUUAGUGAUGAUAACCCUAAUGCUUCAUGUAACAUAAAUCUAUCAAUUAAUCAUUUGAGUUGGGUUACUUAG